AUGGGCUACGGAAGUCGUGCGAUCAACUGCCUCAAUGCGUACUUCAGCGGGGAGUACUUCAACUUGGACGAACCUAAAACUAAGAACAGUCCAGAGACUCAUGCCCGCGACGAUGCGCGCGAGGCGGGUGACGCUAAAAAAGCAACACUCCACACGGAAAAAAUCACUGUCCGAGCACCAAACGCUAUGCCUCCACUCCUACAGCGUCUAUCCGAACGACGUCCAGAGCAAUUGGACUAUCUCGGCGUUUCGUAUGGUUUGACGGGAUCUUUACUAAGAUUCUGGAAACGUCUCUCCUUUGUCCCUCUGUACAUCCGCCACAUUCCGAGUGAUCUCACAGGUGAACACACAUGUGUUAUGGUUCGUGGAAUCAACAGCACGACGGAUGUUGAGAUGGAGUGGUUAGGCGAAUUCGGUGCAGAUUUCCGUACUCGACUUCUCACCCUCUUAUCUUUCCCAAAAUUUCGUGACUUCGGAAGUGUGUUGGGACUCAGUGUGCUCGAAGCGAUAAAUAACAAUACAAGUAUCAAGGCUGUCGAUACCCGGGAGUUGCAGGGAGGGGUGAAGGCUUUAACACCAGCCCUUCUACCAUCUUUGCUUACGCCAUUCGACCUCAAACGGCUGGAGUCAUACGGUAACAAUCAAUUAGACUAUCAUGUUAUUUUGGACCUCCUACCUCUCGUUGCGACUCUCUUCUUCCAACGUAGACUGAAUCGACCAAAAUCCAGUGAAGCAUCCGGCGAGGUGAAUAACCUAAAAUGGAAGGAAAAACUCGAAGAAGCUAUUGGGUUGAGAAAGGUUGUGCAGGAAAGCAAUAAAGUGUUCAAUAUUGAAACUUUGAGCUCUGACACGCCUUUGGUACCGAGCAUGGGCUUGGGUGCUGACCGCGGAGAGCGUGGCGCGGCUGCAGGAGGUUUAGGACCUAGUUAUGAGAAUGCAUUUACAGGCAAAGUUACUUGUUCGGUACCGCUCAAUACCCCGGACGGAAUAGGGCUAGGCAGCGAGGGCAAGAAUGAUAACAUCUGGGGAAAACGUGGACGCCAUGGUCGAAGCAGACAAGGUCAAAGGGAGCACUGCGGCCUCCAGGACAUCCUUCACAUCUACAGGCGUGAAGAAGUUGGGAACAGAGUUGGGAGAGACCCGGACGCAGGAGACUUGGAAGGGAGAGCCCGGAUCCAGAGCGGCACUGGAGAAAGAAAAAAUGGACGUGUGGAUGAAACCGUCUCCCCAAUUUUCCUCGUUGCUGGAAUCUUCUUCCUGCUCGUACUCAACGCCUUUGUCCUCUAA